AAAGCUCUCACACAAACACCCUUAUUACUUUUCAACCUUGUUCUCUCCCAGUCACUCUCACUUCUAGGCACUGUCACGCCUGAGUGUGCACACGCACGCGCACACACACGCACGCACUCACAUUCUGAAGCACACCGUCUGGCUCUGAGGUUCAGGGGAUAAAAGUCCAGCGCUUGGACUCUGUCUGAAGCCAGGAAGAGACCAAGUCAAAGUGUUUUUUUUUAACUUUCAGAAGCAGUAAAAUUCUCAGAAGCUGGAACUAACUGCAGAAAGGUGUCUGUGGAAAACAAAGGUGGAUAUUAGAUAUCUCUCAGCGCCAGAAGAGGAGAUAAGGAAUUUACUUUUUUGUUGUUUAAACUUUGGAACCUAGAUCGGGAAACUGAGCCGCAUGAGGAGGGAAAUGGGCGGAUGGAUCGUAUGGCUCUCGGUGGGGGCAGCCCUUCUAACGCUGUGCCAAGCCCAAAGAGUCAAUCACUGCAUAGCGGCCCAAGCCUCCCGCUGCUCUGAAUGCAUCCAGGCUGGAAAAGGCUGCACGUACUGCAGUGAUGAGUCGUUUGAUUUUCCACGCUGUGACCUAAAUGAAACCCUGACGUCAAAUGGCUGCACUAUGAUGAUAGGGGUCGAGAGCAUGAUGAAGACAGUCAAGAACACCCAGAUCAACGAAAGGCUGGACAUUUCACAAGUCGCCCCGCAGCAGAUGACCAUGCGCCUGGUCCCAGGAGAGGAGAGGGAGCUGUUGGUGAACAUCUUUGAGCCUCAGAAGGGUCCUCUGGACCUGUACAUUCUCAUGGACUUCUCCAACUCCAUGAAGGACGAUUUGCUGAAUCUGAAGAAGAUGGGGAACUCCCUGGCGAACCUGGUUGGUGAUCUGUCAGACGACUACACCAUUGGCUUUGGGAAGUUUGUCGAUAAAGUGACUGAGCCGCAGACUAGCAUGAGUCCCUCAAAGUUGAAGCAGCCGUGGCCAGACAGCGACCCACCUUUCUCCUUCCAGAACACGAUCCCUCUCACCAACAACAUCACCCUGUUCACUGAGAAGCUGAAGAAGGAGCGUAUCUCGGGCAACCUGGAUGCUCCGGAGGGAGGGUUUGAUGCCAUUCUCCAAGCAGCUGUGUGCCAGGAGCAGAUUGGCUGGAGGGAAAACAGCACGCACCUGCUGGUCUUCUCCACUGAGUCUGCGUUCCACUACGAGGCCGACGGCGCCAACGUGCUGGCUGGCAUCCUGCCACGCAAUGAUGAGGCCUGCCACCUGGCCUCUGAUGGCUUUUACACCUAUGACACACGGCAGGACUACCCCUCCGUACCCACCCUCGUGCGACUGCUAGGCAAACAUAACAUCAUUCCCAUUUUCGCCGUCACCAACUACUCUUACUCUUACUAUGAGAAGUUGUACCAAUACUUUCCCAUCGCUGAUAUUGGGGAGCUGCAAGAAGAUUCUUCCAACAUCCUGACUCUCAUCGGAAGUGCUUUCACUAACAUUCGCUCGAAGAUCAGCCUGAGAGCUGAGGACAGACCCAAGGCUGUGGAGACCCAAUUCUUAUCCACUACUGGUAGUAUGAACAAGGAUGGUACCUUCACGAACGUCCCGGGAAAAACGGGCACGUUCAGGCUUCGGGUGAAAGCCCAAAGCUCAGUGGGGGAGGAGCACGUGUGCCAGCUGCCCGAAGCGGACAGGAAGGGUGCCAUGCGGGUGAAACCCACCACCUUCACCCCCAACCUCAGGAUUAACACCGAAGUGCUGUGUGCCACCUGCGACUGUGAGAAGAACCCUCAGGUGAAUGCAGCGAAAUGCAAUAGGAAUGGAGAUCUGAUCUGUGGGAUGUGUUAUUGCCACGCCGGCUGGCUGGGUGCCUUCUGUAACUGCUCUGCGGCAGUGUCCUCCUUGGAUAACAGAAAGUGCACCAAUUCCAGCACGGGCGAGGUCUGCUCGGGAAAAGGGGACUGCCAGUGCGGGACCUGCACCUGCCACCACCCCCACCAGUACGAGGGCCCCUACUGUCAAUUUGACAAGUCCCAGUGCCAGCGGUUUGGGGGGUUCCUGUGCAACGAUCGCGGGCGCUGCUAUAUGGGCAGCUGUGCUUGUGAGGAAGGCUGGGAAGGAGCUGCCUGUGAGUGUCCCAAGAGUAACGACACCUGUGUGGACAACGAAGGGGGGAUCUGCAGUGGACGUGGUUACUGUAAGUGUGGACGAUGUCACUGUGAAAGUUCCCGGACUGAUCUUGGCCCGACCUGCGAAAUCGGUUUCCAGGCCCAGCUGGGAAUGUGCGAGGACAAGCGGAGCUGUGUUCAGUGCCAGGCGUGGAAGACUGGGGAGCGGAAGGGGGAUAAGUGUGACGGCUGUCCCUUUAAGAUCACCAUGGUGGACAAGCUCCCCGACAGCAAAGAUGCCAUCGAGACGUGCAGCUUCCGAGACGAGGACGACGACUGCACUUUCCACUACUCUGUGCUGUUCUCCAGCAACCCCGGCGAGAAGGAUGAAGUCCAGGUGCUCAAGAAGAAGGAAUGUCCACCUGGGGCUUUUCUCUGGCUGAUCCCCCUGAUCAUGUUCCUGAUGCUGCUACUGGGCCUGCUGCUGCUCUGCUGCUGGAAGCACUGCAGAUGCUGCAGGGAAUGCCUUGCUCUGUUGCCAUGCUGUGCAAGAGGCCGUGUGGUGGGCUUUAAGGAAGAUCAAUAUAUGCUACGGCAGUCUACACUGGCUUCUGACCACCUUGAUACGCCGCUCUUGCGCACCGGCCCGCCCAAAAGCACCGAUGUGGUCCGCUGGAAGAUCACGGACAAUGUGCACCGGGGAGCCAGCCACCCCCAGGCCCAGGUGGUACCCAGCCCGAAGGAGACCAUCCAGUACCCCAUCUCCCUGCGGCUUAACCGCCUGUUCACCGACAGCCUGUCCCACCCUGAUGCUCGGGACACAGAGGUGCUGUGCAAGGAUGUGGAGGACAAUCUCAAUGAAGUCUACAAGCAGAUCCCUGGAGCGCAGAUGGUGAAGAAGACUAUUUUUAGGAUGCAACCAAAUGCUGGUAAAAGGCAGAAUCACACAGUGGUGGACACAGUUCUGCCUGCCCCCCGGGCCGCCUACAACGACAUCGUCAACCUGACGGAGAAGUCGGUCCAGGCCGGCACCUUUAGUGACCUCAAGGUGGUGCCUGGCUACUACACGGUGGCUACAGACAGAGAGGCAAAAGGGGCAGUGGAGAUGCAGGAGGGGGUGGAGUCUGUGGACGUGCGCGUGCCCCUCUUCAUAAAGGACGAGGACGAUGACAAGAAGCAGCUGCGCGUGGAGGCCCUGGAUGUGCCCAUUGGCAUCGCUGAGAUUGGCCGUCGUUUCGUCAACAUCACUGUCAUCAAGGAGCAUGCCAAGAGCGUCCUGACUUUCCUCCAACCAUCCUACUCCUACAGUCGACAGGAAAAGGUUGCCAACAUCCCCGUUAACCGUGAAAUCUAUGAGGAUGGACAAACCCAAGUCACCUACCGCACCCGUGACCUCACUGCCAAGGACAAGAAGGAUUAUAUUUCCAUGGAAGGGGACCUGACCUUUUUGCCUGGGGAAGUUCAAAAGAUGAUUCCGGUGAAGCUCCUGGAAUGGAGCGAGGAUGACUCCCUCUUGGGUGAAAAGCAGGUCAAGCAGUUUGUCAUGGAUCUCACCAAUCCACGCCAAGGGGCUAAGUUGGGCAGAUACCCCCGCACCACCGUCACCAUUAUGGAUAGCUCAGAGCCAAGUGUCGUGGCGUUCAAGAAGAGCACUCAGACGUUCAACAUCGCCGAUGCGGAGUACUCUGUUCCUGUGCAGCGCACCACCAACCUGGACACCCCGGCCACGGUGCACUGGCGCACGCGCAAAGCCUCACGCUUCAAUCUGCAAGGUGCCCUCAACUUCGCCCCCGGUGAAUCACAGAAGAACGUGGUGAUCAAGCCCCGGGCGCAUCCUGGCCCCGUCAAGGCCGAGACCUUCCAACUGGAGCUGUAUGACCCCAGCAGCAACACUAUCCUGGGGGACAAGAAGACGACCCUCGUCAACGUCUCAGACUCCGGGGAUGGACCAGAGCUUAUGGAAAUAUUCCCGCAGACAGCACAGUCUCCCGGGGGACGGCUGGUCCCUCCUGGUGACAUUAAAGCCGCUGCCACUGGUCCCAGAACCAUCCGCCUCAACUGGGCUGCCCUACCUGGCAAUCCCUUUGGGUACAAGGUGAAGUACUGGAUUCAGGGCGACCCAGAGGCUGACGCCCAGGUCAUCGACUGUAAGAAGACACAAGCAGAGCUGACUAACCUGUACCCAUAUUGCGACUAUGAGAUGCGGGUGUGUGGUUACAACAGCAUGGGCAACGGACAGUACAGCAGCGUGGUGCAGUGUCAGACGCAGGAGGACGUGCCCGGUGAGCCUGGCAGGCUCGCGUUUAACGUCAUCAGCCCCACGGUCACUCAGCUGAGCUGGGCAGAGCCGGCCGAGACCAACGGCAUUAUCACCGCUUACGAGGUCACCUACACGCCCAUCGACGAGAACAACAAGCCCAUGGGCCCCACCAAGAAGGUGAAAAUCGACAACCCCAGGAAGCGAAUGCUCCUGAUUGAGAACCUCCAGCCCUCCCAGACCUACUGCUACAACGUGCGUGCGUGCAACAACGUCGGCUGGGGCCCCCACAGGGAUGCCACCAUCAACCUGGCCACCCAGCCAAACAGACCCAUGUCCAUCCCCAUCAUCCCUGACAUCCCCAUCGUCGACGCAGAGGCAGGCGAGGGCUACGACAGCUACUUGAUGUACAGCAGCGACGUGCUGCGGUCCCCGGGGGGCAGGUCCAGCGCCUCCGACGAAGGCUUGCGUUGGAAGCAUGUCCAACUGGUCGGUGAGGACCUGGACCUGCGAAAGGUGUCCUGGAGACUGCCGGCAGAUAUCAUACCCAGACGAGUCAGCUCCGACACAGAGGCCAACGAUGAACCGCCGCGUCUUGGUCGUGCCCAGACCCUGCUGCAAGAUUCAACCAUGACCGGCAAGUGGGAGCAGAGCCUGUUAUACCCGGGAGGGCCGGGAUCCGCCACGAGGAACUUGUCCACCUCGUCCUCCAUCUAUUCGCCUCUCUCCCCCCAUGGGAUGGGUGGGGCAACCAUGCAGACCACCACCACUUAUCUGUCUGGCGCAGGGAACUCCCUCUCACGCAGGCAGCAGAUGAUGACCACCGGAGGGGUUCGCACCGAGGAAGUGGUCCUGAGGAAGCGCUCGGAGAGGGGUUACUACGACAGCGACGGCGUGAGGGAUUCCAUCGUCAUGGUGGACGUACCUGGCGGCUUCUCUGGGAGCAUAGGUGGCUCUGGCUACAGCAGGACGCUGGUGAACUACAGCACCGGUCCCGGCCUCAGGGCCCGCACGCAGUCUGAAGAUGUCGCUGACGCGUUGCAGAACCUGGACAGGGUGCUCCAGGACCCCAGGCUCACGCCGGGCACUCCCGACACGCCAACGCGCCUGGUAUUCUCGGCGCUGGGGCCCACCGCCCUGAAGGUCAGCUGGCAGGAGCCUCACUGUGAGAAGCCGGUGCUGGGGUAUUGCGUGCAGUACCAGCUGCUCAACGGAGGCGAGGUUAAGCGCCUGGAUGUUCCUGGGUCCAUGGAGAAUUCUGUGAUGGUACAGGACCUUCUGCCCAAUCAGUCCUACAUUUUCAAGGUGAAGGCAAAGAGCCAGGAGGGCUGGGGACCCGAGAGAGAGGGAGUCAUCACCAUAGAGUCUGCUGUUGAUCCUCGAAGCCCCCUCAGCCCUAUGCCAGGAUCCCCUUUCACUCUCAGCACCCCCAGUGCCCCUGGUCCUCUGGUUUUCACGGCCCUGAGCCCUGAUGCCCUCCGGCUGAGCUGGGACAAACCCCGAAAGCCCAAUGGGGACAUCCUGGGUUAUGUGGUCACCUGCGAACAGCUGCAUGGAGGAGGUGACAUGCGGACCUUCCAGGUGAGCGGCGACAAUGCAGAGACCAGUCUGACGGUGUCAAACCUGACUGAGAAUGUGCCCUACAAGUUCAAGGUCCAGGCUAGGACCACGCUGGGCUUUGGCCCCGAGAGGGAGGGCAUCAUCACUAUCGAGUCACAGGACGGAGGUAACGCGUCUCAGUACAGCAGCCAGGCGAUGACGCGCCGAGAAGUCUUCAACCUUCCGGGGGAGAUAAGCACUCGCACUAACGUGACUCACACCACAUUCAACGACCCGUACUUCUCAGACGGCAUGAAGCUCACAACGCAGCACGUGGAGACCGGCGGCAUGGUGACCCGGCACAUCACCAAGGAGGUGGUCACCAGGACCGUGACGGCGGGCAACAGCAUGACCAAGAAGGUGGACAAGUUCUUUGAGGCCUGAGACCUCAGUGAAGAGCAAGUCGUGAAUCCCUGAAUCUUUUUUUUUUUUUUUUUAAAUCUGUUACACGAGACAAUGAACUUCUGUAUUUGUACCUGCUCUGCUGUUUCUCUUGCAAAUCAAACAAAUCUUGUUUUUUAUCUAACAAUUUAAAAAAAACAAAAAAAAACAAAGCCAAGAGCAGUUGCUUGGCAAAGAAUUUUAGUUGGCGUCGUAGGCCACGUAAGUGGUCGUCUUUCAGCAGAAUGUCUGUCACGGUGGUGUGGGAUAUGCCGAGCUCAUUAUAAAACAUGGGUCUCUAUCGUUGGCAUUCUCCUUGUUGGAUUAUUCAUGUGGGAACCUGGGCCAGGUGCAGAGGUGUGCGGAACCUGAAAUAGCUUCAAAACACACAGCUGACAGUCAGCUGACUGUUAUCCAACUGCAUCACAGAUCCUGUUUCAUACUCAAACUGCACUUAAAUCUUUCCCUAUCUGUAAACAAAGGGAGUUGUGUACAGAAUGGCAAGCCAUGCAAAGCCCUUAAAACAAAGAAGCCCUUAAUUUCAUUUAAAUAAGCCAAUUUAUGUGUAUAAAUGGCAUAUGUACUGCUAAUGGUAUUUCCUUUAUUUUUAAAAACAAGUUUACAUUAGUGUAAGACUCUCCAAAUUUCUCAUAUAAAGAACAUAAUGCUUUUAACUGCUGUGUUUGUAUAUAAAGUAUUAUAUUUCAUGUUGAGCAGAGUUUUAUGGCUAAUGCUUAUAUGUUUGUUUAUGCUCCUCUGGCUGUGUAGAUGAGGGGUUCCUGUGCUUUAAUGAUCAUCAUCAUCAUUCAUUUGUACUAACAGACGAAUCCUUCAGUUGUAUCCAUGUGCACACGUACAUGCGCAGCUGCGUUUGGACUCCUGACAUGCGACACUCUCUGCUUAGGCCAUGCUUUGGUGCUUAGGUCACGUCGCAAAUGUUCUGCUAUGGCCUAGGGCUGUAUCCCCUCUCCUCUGCAAUUUAAUGUCUUAAAAAUGUCUUCACACAUCCACAUUUUUUCCCAAGUAUUUAAGGGUAUAUUAAGGGUAUAUUAUGAAACAAACAUAAAUGGGUAAGUUAAAGUCUUUAUCAUUCACUUUUCAAACCUCCAAAGUUUAACAUGCAUGCCAACACUCUACAUUUUGGUUUUUAUGAAAGAGCUACAUAAUAUAUACACAUCAACUAGCAUCAAUAUUUUUUUUAUCUGUCAAGCAUUUCAGAUGUAUUGCACUUAAUAAACAUGGCUUUAUGCUUACAACAUACUUUCUUAA